AUGUUAGUGGUCAUGCUGGAAUCACAAAUGUGGGCGGUGGACGGGGAAGAGGUGAGCAAGUCUACAGUUCUUGGAAGAUGUAAUGAAAUAUUUUACAAAUGCGUUUUAACCAAAUCGGAAGAAAGACACUGUUUACCAGAAGGUAAUCGACUAUCUUUCAAAAACAUGGCACUGAACAAACUUGCAGAAUCCAGUUCAGUUUAUAAUGGUGACUUCCAUGCUCAUAGUCCCCUGAAAAUGACUGAUGGCGAACGAACGGAUAAGAAUUUGCACUGCGCCGCGACAAAGAUGGAAACACAGCCAUGGUUUAGAGUCGACCUACAGAAUGUACAUCAAGUUGAUCACGUGGUUGUUUAUACCGGAUGGAGUAACGGUGAACCAUGUAAUGCAUACCAAGUAAGAGUGGGUGUGACCACAUCAUGGAGCGAAAUGACGUCAUGUGGAGAGGGAUCACAGGCAAAGGACGAAACUAUCGUCUGCAAGGAUUGUCUUCUUGGACGCUAUGUUCAACUUCAAAUGAAAUCCGUGGAUGCCAGCUGUCAUAUUGUAACAUGCGAACUGGAGGUUAUUGCAACUGUUGUAUAA